AUGCUGAGAGAAAAGAGACUGACGCUCGCGCGGGUGGAGACUGCUACACAUUUAAAUCCCCCGGGUCGGUUUUCAGCAUUUAACCACCUAUAACUUUUCCUUUAUUUUUUAAUUUUCUUUGUAGUGUUGGAUUCUUCAGAGCUGUUUUAAUGUCGUAAAUGGCAGGUCUGUAAAGGGCGUCGUUAUUGGGAAGUUUUUUCGAGGGGGGGUUUUGACCAGCGCAGGGCCAUGGCAGUCGAGGCUCGGCCGGAGCUGGUCGGUAAGCGGUUCCUCUGUGUCAGCGGGGACGAGCCGCCUGAAAUCGGCGACAGCGGUCGGUGGCCGUGGAGGUCCGGGGUCAUACGAGCUGUAAACCAUCUUGACAGCGACAAUCCCGACUUGACGGUUUAUGUGGAGUUUGACGACCAGGAGUGGGAGAAGAGAGAGUGGGUGAAGGUCUAUGAGGAUUUCCAGCUGUUUCUACUGGAGCACCAGCUGGUCUGGGCCAAGAGGAAGGAGGGAGGAGGAGGAGGGGCGGGAGGAGGAGCAGGAGGCUUGUCGCAGGGACCCAAGGCCAAACACAUACAGUGGCCUGCACUGGCGUUUAAGCCAGUGGUGGGGAAGAGCCUGUUGUUGCCAGUAACAGCGGUAGAAUUCUUGUUGGACCGACAACUCGACUUCCUGUCUGACGUUUCAGCCUUCCAACCAUACCAGGAUGAGGUGGACAGUCAGAACCCGGUGUUGAGAGACAACCAUCAACUCCAUGAAGAAGUAAAGUGCUGGCUCAAAGACCAGAAGGUGCAGGAAAUUUUUAUGCAAGGUCCCUAUUCAUUGAAUGGCUACCGUGUGCGUGUGUACAGACAAGACUCGGCCACCCAGUGGUUCACUGGAAUCAUUACACACCACGACCUCUUCAGUCGAAACAUGGUCGUUAUGAAUGAUCAGGUGCUAGAGCCUCAGAACGUGGAUCCAUCUAUGAUCCAGAUGACCUUUCUGGAUGACGUGGUCCACUCCCUGCUAAAAGGAGAAAACAUCGGCAUCACUUCCAGACGGAGGUCACGAUCCAGCAACAACAACAGUGCCCAUAUGACAGGAGGGAGACCCGGUGGGACCACUGGCAACACUCAGAGUCAUUACACGCGAGCCCAAGCCAACAGCCCCCGCCCAAUAAUGACAUCAUCAGGCCCCAACACAAAAGGUUCCCAGGGGACCCUGGCCUCCCAGCAGCAGAGCCAAUCCCAGCAAAGCCAGCAAACUGCCAGCCAAUCACACAACUCACCCAGCGGCAGUGGGCGGGAGCUGAGAGAACAGCGCAGCUCUCGCUCCUCCAGGAGGAAAGGAUCAGAUAGCAGUGUUCCAGAGGAGGACAAGGACAGGAGAGAGGAGACCACAGGGAGAGACUCAAAGUCAAAAGCCAAGCAAGCAUUGAACAAACGCAGGAAGGGCGAGGAAGACGAGAAGAAGGCAGGUCUAAAGAGGCUGAAGACUGACAUGACCUCAGACCUGUCUGAAAGCAGCGACUCAGAAAACCCCCACAACAAGAGGAUCGCCCACUCCUCGUGCUCCUCUUCCUCUUCAUCCUCUUCGUCGUCCUCUUCCUCCUCUUCGUCCUCCUCCUCAGAGCCCAACUCUGAGAACGAGCUUAAAACUCGCAGCAGCGACAUAAAACCAAGCAGUGUUUCCAAAAAGGAGGAAGAUGAGAAGCCGCUGAAGCAGAGCCCCAAAAUGAAUGAUUCCUCCUCUGUCAUUGGUCGUCUGUCACCUUGGGCGGAGCUUACUGCAGCAGAGGACGGCAAGAAGGGUGUUGUUAAGGAAACAGCCAAAUUGAUAUCAAAAGAGGAGGAGGAAUUAGUCGCUGUAACACAGAUCACCCAGUCUCCCCGCCAACCGACGUCUCUGAUGUCUGAUACAGUCCAGGGCAGCAUCAUGGAGAGCAGCAAGAACACUGUGAAAGCAUCAUCUCGAUCCCAGACGCCGUCUCUGUCCAAUCUCCACAGCGGGGGUGUGAUCGACAUCACAGAUGAUGCUCAGGCGACAGUACACCAGGAGAGUUCAGAGGCCGUGUCAGCGCUGCUCGCCUCCGAGAAGGCCGAGUCCACAUCCCUCUCACCUUACCUCCCCCUCAACCCCUCUCCUGUCUCCUCACCUCCCGUCCCUCCAUCUCCCUGUCCAUCAGAAGGAGGCCGCAGGGCCGACAGUGAGCCUCCCAUGCAGCAGCAACAACAACAGGGCAUUAUUGGAGGUGGCAUGACUGCAGCCAGGAGUUUAAGCAACAAGAUCGAGUUUGCUGCUUCUGAGGUCAUCAGGCCCAUCACAUCGAUAGCUGAGAAUGUUGUUCUGGUUGAGAAGGAGAAAUCUGCCCCCCCUCAUCAUCAUCUUCAUCAUCAUCAUCAGCAUCAGCAGCAUCAGCAGCAUCAGCAGCAUCAGCAGCACACACAACAACAGCCACAACAACAACAACAACAACAACAACAGCCACAGCAACAACACUACCCAUCUAUUCACCCCAGCAUUAAGAGCCCGUCUCUGUCUGAAGAGACGAGAAAACGCCAACAGCAACAACCGCCCCCCCUCAAGAUGAACACAGUCCUCCCCCCAGACUUGUCCAAAUCCAAAAUGAGCCCCAACUCUCACCCAGCUCAGCUUGACUCUCUGAAACAGAAACUCCCCCACCCUAACAACUCACAAUGCCAUCUCUACCCCAACACAAACCCAUCUGACCUCCACAAAGCUAAGCCCCACCCGGGCCUGCUAGACAUCUCAAAACCGAAACCCAACACCUCCCCAGAGGUGUCAAAGCAUAAAAUACCGAGGUAUUCUGACACAUCACCACCUCCGUCAGGAAGUUUAGCAGAACCUCUCCGGUCUGGUUUCAAACCAGUGUCGAUGCGGUCGGAGUCUGGGAGCAGCAGCACUAAAAGCCCGUUAAUCAUUGAUAAGAACGAGACCUUCACUGUUUACAGGGACCCAGCACUGGUCCGCUCAGAUGCAGAAAACUCUGCCUCUGCCAACCAUGUUGCAGCCUACCUUCAUCCCCACCUGCACACCAUCCACUCCCCCUCCCCUCACUCCCCCUGCCUUACCUCUGCAUCCCAUCCCCAUGCUGCCUCCCACCUCCUUGCCCCUCCUCACACCUCUGCCCUACCUCACCCACACCUGUUACCGCCCGGAGUGCUCCAAGCCAUGCCUCCUCCUGGAGCAUCUCUCCUCGGGGGCCAUCCUCGGCUCGACUCCCCUAGUGGCCUUGGUCACCUCGCCCUGCCUCACCCUGCAGCCGCACACCAGCAGCAGUUCCUACAGAGUCAAGGCCACCCUCCACCCUCUCUUCUUGCACAGGCUCACAGUGGGGCAGCAGGUCUCGGACUGUAUCCCAUCCUCUGGCAGUACCCCAAUGGGACGCCUACCUCCUACCCCCCUGGACUAAACCUGCCCCCCACAGCGAAGUGGGUCCAUCCUGAAAAUCCUGUAAACGUCAACUCUGAGGCGUCCCUCAGGAGGAACACGCCCAGUCCAUGGCUGCACCAGACUGCUGGUGGUGCUGGUGACAGUCUUGGUUUGCUGAGCCAUGUUCCUGUUCGGCCUGCCAGUGCUGACCCCCACCGCCCCCCUGUCAAGAUGAACCCACACGCAAGCCCUCCACUUUCAAAAGCCAACAUGGACAUUCAUAAAGAAGAUGUGGAUAAGAAGGGCUUUGUGGACCCGAUCAGGACUUUGACGUUGGCCCAGCUGAAGCAGGAGCAGACAGACAGGAGUCGAACCCCCACAGGGAAAGAUGUCCACCUACACCGCCUCUACCUAGACCCCCACUGCAAGGCUCGCCUUUCUAAUGCACAGGAUGCAGUGCAGGCAGCAGAGCGAGCCAGUAAAUACAAAGAGGAGAAUCGACAAAUCCUGAAAGAGAGCAUCGAGGUCGCUCCUUUCACCGCUAAGAUCCAGCGCUCCAGUGAUUCUGUAAUAGACAGAGACAGAGAGAGAAGCAGAGAUCCGGCCUUCCCAGUCCGGAUACCAGCCCUUGCCUCCCCGGGCCCCAAAGCUGGCCAUGCCCAUCCCCACGUCAUCCAAUCAGAAAAGAGCAACUACUUUACCACACUCUCCAACAGUGUAGUGAAUGAGCCUCCAAGACUUUACCCCUCCAAGGAGCUCAGCUCUUACUAUGAGAAACACUCUGCGGGAGCUCCAGGGGUUCUGACCAGUGUGGGGAACACUGUGCCCAGCCAGGGGGCUCUGACGCUGGGAAGCUACAGCUCCAAGGGCUCCCUGUCUAAGCCCCCUCCCUUAAUCAAACACCAUCCAGAGGGAGGGGAGGGUUUAGCUGGGAAAAUCACAGAGCAGCUGAGCCAGCAGGUGACUCUAGUCCAGCAGCAGCAGCAUCAGCACCACACAGGUAUGGAAAGGAUAGAGCGCCGCAGCCCUGCCAUCUCUCCUUCCUCCUCUGCAUCCUCAGCCUACUCCUCAGCCCCACACCACAAUCAUCAUCAUCAUCACCACCACCACCAACAGCAGCAGCAUCAGCAGCAUCAGCAGCAUCAGCAGCAGCAGCUCCAGCUCAGGGCAAUGCCAUCCCUUCACCGAGCCCCUGUCUUCCAUCCACCCACCCAGCACGCCCUGGAACGCAAAGAGGCCGCAGACAGAGAGAGGGAGCGGGAGAAGGAGCGGGAACGAGAGAGGGAGAGAGCAGGUUAUGGUGGACGUCUGUCUCCCCCCACCCUUACACCUAUCCAGCCUGUUAGCUUAGCAGCAUCUGGUAACAAAACAUCAGCAGAGCAACAGAAGCCCCCCACGCUGCUGCCUGAACUCAGGGACAUCAAAAGUCAUGGAAAUAUUGCGGCUGUCACCUCUGUGGCCUCAGUUAUCAGCGGGGAUGUUUCAACAGAUGGGUGGAGAGGUGGAGAGAUGAUUCAGGAAAGAGGGGGCUCAUUCUCUGGAGAGAAAGGUGCAUCGAGGGUCAAGCCCCAAUCAGCAAUGGCAUCAGUCAUUGUGCGUCCAAUGACAUCUAUGAAGUACGACAGUCCUAUUGGUGCUAACAAAUCUGGUGCUAUGAUCCAUAAGGAGCUCCCUCAGGGGAGGUUCUACCAAGCCAAGCUUCAGGGAGAAGGUUCCAGACUAUUGGACAGUAUGAGAGAUUUUGGAGCUGGCAGGGUUAUCCAACCCAACUCAAACCUGGAUGACAUGUGUCUCCAGUAUAAAAAGACUUCUAUGUGUGGUGUGCUGGGAAAUAUGGGAACUAUGGGAACUGGUACAUUAAACUCUGUGUGCAGGACUGCCAUUUCAGGUGCUUCAGCUUUCGGCAUGCAGAUUAAAAGUGGGGCAUCCAUCCCUGAACUGGGCUACUCCGUGUCACCUCGGGUAGACAUUUCAACACAUAAAAGUGUUAUUGGUGGAUGGGUGCUAAGCCACUCAGGACAAGGAGAGCUCCAGGAGGGGUUAGGCUCACGCACCACAUCUCCAGGGGGGUCACUGCCUCCCCCUAGUCCAGCAGGGACACCUCAGCCCAGUCCAAGCCUCACCCCAACACCUAGCUCCGUUUCUGGCUCCAGUCAGCCUUACUCCUCCUCUUUUGUUCACCUUAAGAAGCACAAAGCUGCCUUGGCUGCAGCCCAAUCCAGGAGCAACCUAUCUACUGCUCCUACAUCCAUUACAACUGCAAACUGCUCCUUAAUUGUGGAUUCAAUUGACAAACCCCCCACUCACAGCUCACCUCCUCCGCCCUCCUCAAGCCAAGCCUCGUGCUCCUCGAUUGACAGUGGUAGCUGCAGCUCAGCAAGCGGGAGCACAACACCAGGCAAGUCCAGUCCCCUGCCUAACGGCCACACCUUUGGAUCAUCGUCCACAAGCAGCGGACAGCCCAGUAACUAUCAUAAGCUAAAGAAAGCUUGGUUGACCCGGCACUCAGAAGAGGAUAAGAACACCACUGCUACAACAAGCUCCACCAGUUCUAAAGCAGAGAAACUGCCCAGCACCACAACCACCAGCACAACCACCACCACCACCACUGCCAUGUCGGACAUGAUCAAACCCUGUACAGUCAACCUCAGCGCCUCCACCUCCAGUGAGGUGGAGAUGAAUAAAGACAGCAUAAGCAAAGCUGAGAGAGAGAGGCAGCCCGAGGAGAAGUCAGGAGGAGCAGCAGCAGCAGGAGGGGAGGAAAGGAAAACAGCUCCUUCAUUGAGGCGAGGGAACAAACGGACAUACGAGUCCGGUUCAGAGAGCGGUGGAGAUGACUCUGACGGAAGUGAGAGCAAAAUGGAGGGCAGAGCCAAGCGGCAGCCUAAACCCACCUACAAGAAGAAACAGAACGAUAUGGCUAGGAAGAAAGGAGACAAUGAUAAGGAGGAUGAAGAAGUGAAGCCAAAUGGCAUCUUCAGAUCAGCCAGAGAGAAGACUAAACUCAAACUGGCCAGCAGCAACGGGAUCCCCCGCUCUGUCCUGAAGGACUGGAGGAAGGUGAAGAAGCUGAAGCAGACGGGGGAGUCCUUCCUUCAGGAUGACUCGUGUGCUGAAAUUGGGCCCAAUCUGCAGAAGUGUCGUGAGUGUAGGGUGAUCCGCAGCAGGAAGGGCGAGGAGCCGGCACAUUCCCCAGUCUUCUGUCGCUUCUAUUAUUUCAGACGGCUUUCUUUCAGUAAAAAUGGAGUCAUCCGGAUGGAUGGCUUCUCCACUCCGGACCAGUUUGACGAUGAAGCCCUUUCCCUGUGGAUCCCUGGGGGGGUUGAUGAGGGCCACUUGGACCAAACCACAGCCAAGUACAUCCUCAGCUUCAUAGGAGACAAGUUCUGUCAGAUGGUUGUGACUGAGAACAAUGCAGCCACCUGGAUCAAAAAGGAUGCCAAACUGGCCUGGAAGCGAGCAGUGAGAGGGGUGAGGGAGAUGUGUGACGCCUGCGAGGCAACGCUUUUUAACAUCCACUGGGUCUGUCAGAAGUGUGGCUUUGUCGUCUGCUUGGACUGCUACAAGGCCAAGGAGAGGAGGAGCUCCAAAGAUAAAGAACUGUACGCCUGGCUGAAGUGUGUGAAAGGCCAACCCCAUGAUCACAAACACCUGAUGCCAACACAGAUCAUACCUGGCACAGUGCUGACAGAGUUGGUUUCCUCCAUGCACUCUCUGAGAGAAAAACACAAAAUCAAAUCCCACUGUCCCUGCACCAACAAACAGAACAUCCUCAGCAAACUGCCAGUCACCAACGGAGUCUCACAGGUUCUGCAGAACGUCCUGAAUCACAGUAACAAGCUGUCUCUGGUGAAAAGUGAGCCGGGCUCUCAGCAGAACUCUGACCAAGGAGGAACCAAGGCCGAGACCAACGGGGGAGGUGGAGGGGGGAGCAGUCCAGGCAGCGACCCAGCAAGCUCUCCUGUCACCCCACCAGAGUCCCAGUCCCCUCUGCACUUCCUGGCUGACCUGGCGGAGCAGAAAUCCAGGGAAGAAAAGAAAGAAAACAAAGAGUCAGUGAUCCUGGGUAAAACAGUGAAGCAGGACAAGGAGGGGGACAGCCUGGAGGUCCUGCAGCAGUGUAAAACCACCUCACUGGUGGUUAAUAGCUCAGAGCAGGGCUCCACACUCCGAGAUCUGCUCACCACCACAGCAGGGAAGCUGAAGCUGGGCUCUACUGAUGCAGGGAUCGCCUUUGCACCAGUCUACACAUCUGCUUCACAGACUGGAAAAGUAGGGCGCUCCAUGCCCAACAUCCUCGAUGACAUCAUUGCUUCAGUAGUCGAGAAUAAAAUCCCUGCCAGUCGCCAGAACAUCACCACUAAACUAUCAAUGAAGCAGGAGGUUAUCAAGCAGGAGGUUAUCAAGCAGGAGGUCAUCAAGCAGGAGGUUAUCAAGCAGGAGCCUGUCACCCAGGUCGGCAACAACAACAUCAGCCCUGUCCCUGUCAGCACCGAGGAUGUCAAACCAGACAGGAAGAAGUCAGCGCCUCUUACCACUCUGGCCCAAGAAGAAUCUACCAAUCAGUAUCCAGAUAUCCCCCACUGCUGGUUAAACAACAGACGGUUACUGUGGCUCAAAGAUCACCGCAACCAGAACAACUGGAAGCUGUUCAGAGAGUGCUGGAAACACGGACAGCCUGUGUUGGUGUCAGGGAUCCAUAAGAGACUCAAUGCCACUCUGUGGAAAGCUGACUCCUUCAACCAGGAGUUUGCAGACCACCAGGGGGACCUCCUGAACUGCAAAGACCAGGUGCUGUCCAACUCUGGGAUCAAAGAGUUCUGGGAUGGAUUUGAGGACAUCACCAAACGGCCCAAGUCCAAGGAUGGAGAGCCUAUGGUCUACAGACUGAAGGACUGGCCUUCUGGAGAAGAGUUCAUGGCCCUCAUGCCCUCAAGAUAUGAUGACUUGAUGAAGAACCUGCCCCUGCCUGAGUACUCUGAUCCAGAGGGGAACUUAAACCUGGCCUCCCACCUGCCAUCUUUCUUUGUCAGGCCAGAUCUGGGGCCAAGACUGUGCUGUGCCUACGGUGUAGCUGCGUCCCAGGACCAAGACUUUGGGACUGCCAACCUUCAUGUGGAAGUCUCAGAUGUAGUCUCCGUUCUGGUCUAUGUAGGAGUAGCAAAAGGCAACGGAGUCCUGUCCAAAACUGGAGUGUUGAAGCGUCUGGAGGAGGAAGAUCUGGAUGAGGGAGUUCGGAGGCGGCUGAAAGACUCCAGUGAGACACCGGGGGCGCUGUGGCACAUCUACCUCAACAGAGACAUCGACAAAGUGCGAGAGUUCCUCCACAAGGCCUGUAAGGAGCAGGGAUUGGAUGUUUCCUCUGAACAAGACCCAAUCAGAGAGCAUGGCUUGUACCUCAGCAGGAAGCAGCGUCAGCGGCUGCUCGAUGAACAAGGAGUUCAGGGCUGGACUGUGGUUCAGUUCCUGGGAGACUCUGUACUGAUACCAGCAGGGGCAAUGCACCAGGUCCAGAACCUCCACAGCUGUGUUCAGGUCAUCAACGACUUUGUGUCUCCUGAGCACGUGGCCAACUCCUUCCACCUGACCCAGGAGCUCCGACCCAACAAAGAGGAGGUCAACUAUGAAGAUAAACUUCAGGUGAAGAACAUCCUGUUCCACUGUGUGAAGGAAGCGGUGAACUCCCUGAAGAGCUCAGAGGAAGAUGACGAGGAAGAGAACUCAUGACGCCACCUCGGUCUCCUCUGUGCCUUCCAGAGAGGGACACGCCUCCCAUCAGCACCUCGCUCGCCCCGCGCCCCGCUCAUCCUCACCAGGAGGACUGUGUCAUGGGGACUUCGCGUUGUGAGCUAACCAGGUGGCAUCCAGUGAGGCACGCCCGCCUGUAUCACCUCCCUUAACCUUCAGUGCCAAGAGGAGACAAAAUCUUGAGGGUCUGCUGGGCUGACAGGGAUUAAACCUGGACCACCACCGACACCUCAUCUUUGUGUUUCAUGGACUCACAACACAAAGGGGACACUACGCUGCAGUCAAAGUGCAAUAGAGGCCUCCUCUGAAACCGGACUCUUUGUAAGUGUGACUGAAGGUGCAUCCUGCUCCAUCCUCCAGUUUCCAUGGAGACGGUCCUCUAAGCUAGUAUUCACCGGUUUGAUGGAGACGCUGUAAUCAGCUGUGGAUUAUAAAGGCCAGGAGGUUUCAUCCCUGUCUGCAACAGCAGCAGCCCAUUUGGACGGGACAAUUUUGCCAAUCACGACAGCAUCACCAGCAGCAAGCAAGCAGCAUCAGGACCCCAACUGUCAUCUCUGCUGUUUUAAAAAAAAUGAAGAAGAAAAAAAAAAAAAGAUGUGAGGGGGAAAAAAAUGCAAAAGAGAAUCUCUCAGAUGUUCAAGUCAGCGGGCACCGAGCUCCGCUGCGCCCUCGUUUGUCGUUCCUUCUGUAACCUGUCAGUUCUCGUCCUUUCGUUCUACUUCUAUCUGUUGCUGUUUUGUUCUUAAUUUUCUUUUCAUACCGAUGUUGUUUUUAUUUCCUCUGUGAAGAUGUAUUUAUUUUAUAACUCUAUGUUGUGCGAUGUUAUUGAAACAAAAAAGCAUUAAUGUAAAUGUGACAUGUACAGUUUCCGUUGUUUUCUUUUGCUAUGUGAUUUUCAGUUUGUAAUACGGCUCUACUGUGAUGGAGGACACACACACACGCACACACACACACACAUACACACACACACACACACACACACACACACACACACACAAUGCCUGUAUCUUUGGGAAAUGUUGAUGCUCUACAGUCCUCAUGCCAUAACAUUUUUUUAAUGAACUGCCAAACUAUUGUAAAGACUGUAAAGUUGUAUUAUGUAAAGAAAGAACAAAAACGCUUCUACUCCUCAGCAUUUUAUGACAAAAAAAGUAUUUGCUGUAAAAUUAAUACAUUUAGAAAAAAAGAUGUAAUUUAUUUAAGAAAGAAUGAAUUGUCUUGUUUUUGUUUUGUUAAGAUUUACUAUGGUGAACUUUUGAAGUUAAAAGAUGAAAUAAUGAAAAAGUUUACUAUAAUGUGUAAAUAUAUACAUAUAUACAUUCACUGAGGUAUUUUUUUAAAACAUGGCUUGCUUCAAUUUCAAAUUUUAAAGUGCAAGUGUUACAUGCUUUGUACAUUGAAGUUCAAAAGGGUUUUACAUUUUCCAUUAAAAUGGAUUUAUCAAACA